GCUGCUGCAUCCAGAAUGACCCCCCUGGGUCACUGCCUCCUCUAUCUUCUGAUCAGAAGUCUCUCUGGGACCUCCUAUAACUCCUCACAUGAAUCAAGGAAAGGUUGGUCUCCAGCCCCCGUGGCCCCAGGCGAGAUGCUGCAGACUGCAGAAGGGGUGUGCACGCUCACAGGACAGAGGCUGAGCUGGUGGCAAGCCCAAGAGUCCUGCGACCAGAGGUUUGGUCACCUGGCCCUGAGGCCCCCAGAAAGGGCCCCGGCUCCACGGCUGCCUAACUCGGUCUGGGUAGGACAAAGAGAAGCCGCCCUGCGGAGACAACCGCAGAGGCGCGAGCACAGCACGGCCGCGCUGGUGUUCGGCGAAAGGACGGCGAAGAAGGCGGCAAGGCUGCCCGCGGCCCUCCCCGCGCUGGCGGCGCUCACGGCCUGCGCGCACGUUCAGUGGGACGCGGCAGCGACCGAGGUGGCCACCGUCUUCUCGCUGGCCGCGCCCAGCGUGGCCAACGCUCUGCAGCUGCGCGCCUUCGCCGAGCCCGGGGGCCCCGUGCGCGCCGCGCUGGUCGUGCGCGGCCACCACGCACCCUUCAGCCACAUCUUCCGCUCUGACGGCCGCUGGCACCACGUGUGCGCCACGUGGGAGCAGCGUGGCGGGCGCUGGGCGCUGUUCGCCGACGGGAGGCGGCGCGCCGGGGCUCGGGGACUCAGCGCCGGGCAGCCAGUGCCGCCCGAGGGUGUGCUCGUGCUGGGUCAGGAUCAGGACUCCCUGGGUGGCGGGUUCUCGGCUCGCGACGCCUUCGGUGGCAACCUCACCGACUUCCACCUGUGGGACCGGGCGCUGAGCCCCGCGCAAGUGAGCCGAGCUCGCGCCUGCGCGCCACCCCCGGGGGGCCUGCUCUUCCAGUGGGAUCCAGAGGCCCUGGACGUCACACCCCUGCUGUUGCCCGCCUUACCCGUGAGCCUGCUCUGCCCUGUGCCCUCGGAAGAGUGCCCCACGUGGAACCCGGGACCCGGCACCAAGAGCUCUGAACUCUGCUUGCACCCACAGCCUUUUCUCUGCUGCUACUCAAAAGAGACCUAUCAGCAGCUUCAGGACUUCCAGUCAUGGCCUGAUCAGGACAUUAUCAGUAGAGUGAAUGCUCUGGCCAAUGCCACUGUGCUCCUCCCAAGCCCCCUGUCUGAAUUCCCCAGGAUCUUGUCCUUGGACAAGGCUUCUAGCUUCAUGGGUCUCCUGGAAAGAGUCCUGGCAGAAGAGCCAGGUCCCUUGGGGCCUGGGGCCCUACUGGCCAUCCUGAACUUCCUGAGGAGGGUAGCUGCUCUCAGAGCUGAGGAGCAAGAGCUGCUGACCAAUCCCUUGGAGGAGCUUGGCAGAAGCUUCGUGUCUGUGGCCAGCCUGGCCCUGGGGGAACAAUCAGCCAGUGCAUGGCUGUCUGUCAGGGAGGUGGUUGGUGGGCCUAUGACCCUGGUGAUGACUGUGCAACGUAUGGCAUCCCUGCUGAGCUCCACGCUGACUAUUGCGCAGCCUCAGAUCCACAUCCAGCAUCGCCUUGCUGGCCUGGCGGUGCAAAGUUUGCACCUGAGAGGGGCCAGCGUUGGUGGGCACACAUUCACCAUUCCUGGCGGGCAUCCGAAUGAACCAGGCCACAUCCACAUCCCUGCGGGAGAAGUGAGGCGGCUCCUCAAGAAAGGUCUCCCUGAAGUCACAGUCAUCCACACCUGGUUCACGUCAAGCAUCUUCCAGUAUGCCCUGGGGGCAACCAGCCUAGAGUCCCAGGCCCCUGGUAGCCCAGAGGAGGCGAGGACGCAGAGGUCCCUAAGCACCCAAGUGGGGUCAGCUAUACUCUCCUCUGAGGUACGGGACACUGCUGGAGAGCUGAGCACAGCUGUGACCUUUCACCUGCAGCACCAGGCUCAGUCAGAGAUCAUCCUGCCUCUGCCUCCCAACUCUGAUGCAGGGGGCUCCUGGGCCACUACCGGCUGCUUGGUGCUCACUCUGCACCCAGACUCUACCACCUGCUUCUGCAACCACAGCACCAGCUUUGCCAUCCUGCUGCAGGUGUACGAAGCCCAGGAGGGUCCUGAAGAGGACUCACUGCUGAGGACUCUGUCAUUUGUGGGCUGUGGCGUGUCCCUCUGUGCUCUUGUUACCACCUUCUUGCUCUUCCUGGUGGCUGGGGUUCCCACUUCUGAGCGGACCACAAUCCACAAGAAUCUUAUUCUUUCCUUGGCCUCUGCUGAGGGCUUCCUUAUGACCAGCGAGUGGGCGGAGGCCAACAAGGUGGCCUGUGUGGCCGUCACAGUGGCCAUGCAUCUCCUCUUUCUGGUUGCCUUCUCCUGGAUGCUGGCAGAAGGACUGCUGCUGUGGAGCAGGGUGGUCGCUGUGAGAAUGCAGCCAGGCCCCAGGAUGAGGCUGUGCUAUGCUGCAGGCUGGGGCAUUCCUGUGGCCAUUGUGGUUAUCACCCUAGCAAUGCACCCCCAGGACUAUGUGGCUUCCGGACACUGCUGGCUCAAUGUGCACACGGAUGCCAUCUGGGCCUUUGUGGGGCCCGUGUUAUUUGUGCUGACUGCUAACACCUGCAUCCUGGUCCGUGUGGUGAUGAUCACCGUGUCCAGCACCCGCCGCCAUGCACGCAUGCUGAACCCACCGCCUGGCCUGCAGGAGAAGAUCAGGUUCCAGAUGUGGGCCAUGGUGAAGCCGGUGCUGGCCCUGUUACCUGUCCUGGGCCUGACCUGGCUUUUUGGCCUCCUGGUACACAUUAACCCAACCUGGGCCUAUGCUGCUGUGGGCCUCAAUUCCUUACAGGGCCCAUACAUCUUCCUUGUCUACGCUGUUUACAAUGGGGAGGUGCAGCAUGCAUUACGGAGGAUGGCGGAGAAGAAGGCAGCUGAGGUGCUCAGGGCAGAGCAGGUGCACCUGACCAAGGCUUCAGGUCCCUGGGCCAUGGCUCUGGAGAACCCCACAGCCUGGGAUCCUCUGAGAAGACCUGUUGCUCUCAGAGGGACCCAUGGACCCAGGAUCUCCACAGCCUUCUCUUCCAUUGCAGAACCCAGGAGACCGGCCGUGGAGCUGACUGCAUUCAGGACUUCAGGGGUCUAAAGGGCACGUGCAGGGUUUUCCUCCUUUCGGGAGCUCAGCGGCCAGAGGACCUCAGCUCAGCGUCGGAACCCCAGACUGAAUGAAAUGCACACCCGGCAGCCCCAAGUGAGAGAGAAAAGGUCCUUCUGUUUGUCUUGAUUCCUCUCACUUUGUAGAUGUGCCCUGAAGAGUCUGGUAAUAAACCAGGUG